UUCCGCCAAGCUUCGGCGCCGCUCGGGUCGCAGCCGCCCCUCGUUCCAGCUCCCUCUCCUCACAACUCCCCAACUCGUCCCGGGGACCGCCGCGAGUUCAGGACUGGGAGUUGGCUCACCACUCCUGCUGAGCGCGCGCGCGCGCGCCCGUAGACCCAUCGGUUCACCUGGGCGUUCCCUCCCAGCCCCGCGCCCGGUUCCACUUGAACUUCUGAGAGACCCGCCAGCUGCCGGGGGAAUCGGGGCCACCCGGCACCCGGGGGUCGCUCCCUUCGCAUCUCCUCGGCUGCGAGUAGGAGGCGGCGGCGGAGCCGUGGUCAGAGCCCGGUGGGCGGCCCGAGGUGAGGACCCGGCCGGUCCCUCUGGGAAUAUGGCGACCGGUGGCUACCGGACCGGCGGCGGCCUCGGCGGCAGCACCACAGACUUCCUGGAGGAAUGGAAGGCGAAGCGCGAGAAGAUGCGCGCCAAGCAGAACCCCUCGGGCUCGGCUGCCCCGACCGGGGGCAGCGGCGACCCUGCCGGGAAGUCCUCCAUCGGGGCGCAGGGUACCUCGGCGAUCGCCGGGGCGGCCAACGAACUCAACAACAAUCUCCCAGGUGGUUCGGCCGCACCUGUUCUCCCCGGCCCCGGGGGCGUGAACUGCGCGGUCGCCUCCUCCGCCGCCUUGGCCCGCGCCGGUCCUCCGGGCCCGCGGAGACCCGAGGACGAACCCCCUGCUGCCGCAGCAGCCUCCCCGGGGAUCACUACAGCCCGGGGCGAAGAGGAAGACCCGGACGGCGCCCCUGAGAAGGGUAGGAGCUCGGGCCCCAGUGCCAGGAAAGGCAAGGGGCAGAUCGAGAAGAGGAAGCUGCGGGAGAAGCGGCGCUCCACCGGCGUGGUCAAUAUCCCCGCAUCUGAGUGCUUAGAUGAAUAUGAAGAUGAUGAAGCAGGACAGAAAGAGCGGAAACGAGAGGAUGCAAUUACACAGCAGAACACAAUGCAGAAUGAAGCUGUAAGCUUAUUAGAUCCAGGCAGCUCCUACCUGCCACAGGAGUCAUCUAGAACAGUUUCAGGCAGAUAUAAAAGCACAACCACUGCCUCAGAAGAUGAUGUCUCAAGUAGAUAUAGCAGAACAGAUAGAAGCAGAUAUAACAGAGAGGCAAAUGUUGCAGGUAAUUUGGUGUCAAGUAGCACACUGGAAAAGAAAAUUGAAGAUCUUGAAAAGGAAGUACUAAGAGAAAGGCAAGAAAACCUAAGACUUGUGAGACUGAUGCAGGAUAAAGAAGAAAUGAUUGGAAAACUCAAAGAAGAAAUUGAUUUAUUAAACAGAGACCUAGAUGACAUAGAAGAUGAAAAUGAACAGCUAAAGCAGGAAAACAAAACGCUUUUAAAAGUUGUUGGACAGCUGACGAGGUAGAAGACUCAAGGCUCUUUAUGGAAAAAAAUAUUGUAAAACUACUGAUUGAAUGUUAUGGUUAAGGCUAGCAUUACACUCCUGUGUUCCAGUACAUUAAAAUAACUGUAUAUUUAUUUUUAGAAAAUGAAUAGAUGUUUAUUUUCAAAACUUUUUCUUUUCAUUAUUAGUUAAAAAAUCAACCUUUCAUGUCAUGAAUAAGUACCAUCUUUCAGUUAUUACAAUGAUAGCUAAUGCUUCUUGGUUUUGUGUGGUAUUCAAGUAAUAUAUGUUUUAAUGUCACAGUUGUUUGAAUAUAUUUUAUCUGUGCUAGUGUAUUUUCUCUAUAAAUGAAUAUACAUAGUCUUUGUUUACAUGAAUUCACAUUUUGGGGAAAAUUACCUACCAAUGCCUUAUUACUGAUGUGUGCAACCUUUUUACAUGUUGAAGAUUCACUCAUAAAACUAUUUGUCUACUGUCAUUUGUUCUUCUCUCUUGUUCUAAGUGAUUUAGAAUAGUAAAUAAUAGAAAAACUAUUUUGUAUAACAGUAAUCUUUUAGAGGAAAGCAAUUUACAAAAGUAUGUUCUAGCUAGUUAAAUACAAACUUAAGAGAAUACUUGAAUUAUGCUAUAGUAAAUGAAAAUUUACUAUUUUGUGUUUGAAUAUUAAAAGUUUUUACAUUACUUUAAUUCCUAAGAAACAGUUGUAAUUUCCAAUAUGUAAUUUCUUAUGUAGGUACUACUUUAAGGUUUAUUACUAAAUAUGGGGGAUUUAGAAAGUUAUCAUUCUUCUGGCUUCAAAAUUGUGCACAAUUUACAGUGUUUGAUAUUAUAGCAUUGCUAUAAUAUCAGAACCAAAGUAUUUGUCCACACCGAAGACAUAUAAUAUAUAUGUACAUAUAUGUACACACACAGAGAACAGUAUGUAAGCAGAAGUAGUAUCUAUCAAAAUAUUUUGCCUAAUUUCUAAGCUGAAAAAACACUGUGAUAUCAUUUUUAUAUGAGAGUCCCAUAUCUUGAAUUUAAAGGAUUUUUUUCCCUAACACUGAAAACUUUAAAAACAGUUAUUUUGGAGGAAUUACCUUUUAUUAAAUAUUCUACAGUUGUUUCAUAUAAUACUUUCAUAUUGAGUAAGAAUCUCUCCCUCUCUUAAUAUGUAUUAACAUGAAGAAAUGUCUUUCCUUAAUUGAAUAUCAAGCAGCAGUACUGAUGUCCUUUUAUCUAAUCAAUGCACAGAUGUGGCUUGAACAUCGGAGAACCCAUUUAGGGUGACCUACUGUCUCUUUUUCUUCACUUGCCAAACUUAUUCACCAUUAGAAAAUUAGGGAAUGGAAGACAAUGGGGAAAAAUAGAAUAAUAAAUUCUAAUAAAUAAAUUCAACUUUUAAAUUCCAAACAUCUCUGCUUUCAGAGGUAUCAAGAUUAGCCAAUCAACAGAAUCACUUGAGCAGCUUUAAAAGAAUCCUGGGCUGUAGCUCUUAAGUAGAUUUGGGUUGAGAUCUGGACUCUAGACUUUUAAAAGCUCAUCCGAUUCUUAUUGUAAUGUAGUUUUGGAAUCGGUUACUGUUGUGUUUUUUCCAUUUAAGGUUCUGGAAUUGACAAGUUAGCUACCAGUACUUUCCUCCUUUAAUAUAAUAACCUAGAGCUCCCACCCUCCAUCCCGAGGGCAGUUUUUGUACAUCCAUAUAUAUGUUCGCUGCUCACAUGAAGUUCAAUGUUAGCUCAUGAAAUCUGAUACAGCUACAAGAAUUACUGAAGAACAGCUUCCUUCUUGGAAACUUGCCAGCAUAACAGUGAUCAGCUGCUCACAUUGCUAGGGUGUAUGCCAGGCUCAUUCACUACCUGGGCUGUGGGGUACUCAUCUCUUCAGUCAUUUUUAAGUAUGUGGCAGAAAUGUCUUCAUUGCUCAGAUCUUUGUCAACUCUGCAGAUGUUAUGAAAAUGCUGGCAAUAUCCUACCUUAAAAUAUAUUAGUGAAAGAAUUACUUUCAGUUUUGUUUAGUUCCUAUGUAGAUAAAAGCACAUUUUAUUUCACUUUAAAAAAUUAUACUAGUUAUGAAUGCUUCUAAAGCCUGAGGUGUUUAAACAUUUUUCCCUUUAGUUAUUUUUAGGGGUGGUUUUUGCUUUACUGCUGUAAUGACUCCCAGUGCAGAUAUAGGAACCUCACAAUUUAGACAAAGCAUUUCAUAUGCAGUCCUUCCCCACCUCCUUAAAACGUGUGUUUAUUUCAUGUAGGACUUUUACAAUGACUAUUGUGAGUGAAGUAGGACUACUACAAUUGCCCCCUAAAGGGGCACCUGUAAUCCUAUUUGCUGGGGAGGCUGAGAAUGGAAGAUACAGUUUUGAAGCCCUCCCUGGCAUGAAAGUUCAUGAAACCCUUAUCUCCAAUUAACUAGCAAAAACCUGGAUGGGCAAGACUCAAGUGGGAGAACCUUAGCCUUCAGUGAAGAAGCUAAUAAGCAAGAGUGAGAAAUCCUUAGUUCAAAGCCCAGUUCCAUAAUAAUACUCAUAGGCAGCAAAGUUUUAAAUUUUAAGGGGAAGUUUUAAGCAAGUAAUCUAAGUACAUGUGUACUGCCAUAGAAAACAUGACUAUUGAUACUAAAAUACAAAUUUUGUGAAGUCUAGUCCUAUUAAUCUCAUAACUCCGUGUAAUUUGUGGCAAAAAUAAAGCAUAUCCAAAAUUCUGACGUAUUUAUGACAUUUUCUAAAUUAAGUUUAUUUUGUUUAAAAUGAAUAACUUCUCCGAUGCCGAUACCUUAAAGUUAUUAUAAUCUUUAUUUCAUUUCUCUAGAGUUCUUUGUUAUUUUGUUAUAAUACAUUUACCAUUUGAGGGAAAGGAAAGGAGUUGGGAUGUGUACUUUUAAAUAAUAGUAGAUUAGCACUGUCACACGUGUCCAAGUAUAUUAAAUGUAGAAAAUUAA